UUCCGAGGACCUUCUUAAAGCGGCGAUCAGAGAAAUUUUGCUGCUACGACUCAGAAAAGAGAGUACGUGUAGACAAGUGUUACAGAUUAUUAUUUGCGAAUUUUCCAACUUUGUGGUUAUUUCAAGUGACCCACGGGUAGUCCGUUUUCUUGAAUCAGUGCAAAACAUCGGCAGGUGUAAAACUUGGUAGGUGGGCAUUAUCCCAUUUCCCAGCUAGUUAGCUGGCUAGCUAGCUGAAGCGGCUAGAUUAGCUAGCUAGCUGACAUACGUGAACUCCAGGUCAACCACGUUCCCAUUCAGUCGGCAUAUCGGCAGAGUCACCGCUUGGAUCAAAGCUGUGUUUCUGCCAUGGACGGUGAUGCUUGUAUUCAAGAGAAGAAUGCAGGUGAUGCUGCCGUGGACCAAGUAAAGAAAGAACCGGCAGCACCAAUUCCACAUAGAUAUACCAAGGAGAAGCUUCUCUUAAUAAAAGAGCUACCCAUCUCCAACAAAAGGCCAAACUGUCUGUCAGAGAAAUAUGAUAGCGAUGGCGUCUGGGAUCCUGAGAAGUGGCAUAUCUCAAUGUAUCCCAACUCGGGGCGUAAUUCUCCAAUGGAAGGCUUUAAGAAGGAGCAUUUGGAGGAUAGAGGUCCACUGAAACGAAGAAUCCCAGAUCCCCGCGAGAGGUUAAAGGAGGACGACUUGGAUGUCAUACUGAGCCCACAGCGUCGUAGCUUUGGAGGUGGAUGCCAAGGCAAUGCUGCUCCUGCAAUCCACUCGUCCCGACCAAUCAGCCCAUUAGAAAAUAAGGAGAACGAGACUCUCCGUCUAGGAGGAUCACGAAGGAUCGGAAGUGGCCGUAUCAUUGCUGCCCGAGCUUUUGAAAGAGAAGCCCGCCUGGAAAGGGAAAGGGAAAGGGAACGGGAUGUCAGAGACUUCAAAGACAAAAGAUUCAGGAGAGAUUUUGGAGACAAACGUGUGUUUAGUGAACGCAGAAGGAAUGAUUCUUAUGCGGAAGAGGAGCCAGAGUGGUUCUCUGGAGGCCCUACGAGCCAGUCGGAGACGAUCGAGCUCAUUGGAUUUGAUGAUAAAUUAUUAGAAGAUGAUAGACGCAAGUCCAGGCGCUCAAAGAAGAGGACAGAGCCUGUGAAAGAAGAAUGUAAUGGACAGCCAGAGGAGCCAAAUGUGACUGUGCGGCCUUCAGCUGAUCAAGAGGUUCCUCACCCUGAUGUGCUGCCAGAGCAGUCCACUGGUGACUUUGACUUCAAUGAAUUUUUCAAUCUGGAGAAGACCAUGCCAGGACUGGCGUCUAUGAUAGAGGAUGUUUUAGGCGAAGGGCCUGUAUCAGCAAGCCGCUUCAGUCAGUGGUUCUCCAGCAACGUGAGCCCUUCAGGGAGCCGCUCUAGCAGUCUGAGAUCCACCCCGCACGAGGAACUGGAAAAACUAGCAGGGCUUGAAGCCCUUGGCACAUCAUCUGGCCAAGGCCCUGCCUCAUUCUUCACACCCAUUCAAUCAUCAGAAUCAAAGGAGAAGGUGGACAUACUGGAGCUGUUGCACAAGGCCAAAGUAGACCUGAAGCCUCUUCUCUCCACUCUUUCUCAGAACAAGGCUCGCCUCCGAGAAAACACUCACUCUGGAGCAGUGCUGUCCCUGGAGGAAGUGGAGGGGGGAAUGAAAGGGAUGAAACUGGCCUCAGAACCACAAGUGCCAAAGGUAGCACCUCCGCGGAGAGGAAACGGGACCCCAUUCAUGGCUGAGCACUUAGAGGAGGCGUUAACGGGUGGUCCCAGUGCUCGUCCACGUUCGCGUGACACGGAUAUGUCAGCCUUUAAUAAACUGGUCAGCAGCAUGAAGGCAAGUGGAACUCUGCCAACGCAUCCCAAAACCAACUCAAGCAAUCAAUCUUCAGGGCUGACUGAAGUUCCGAUGCCUCCUCAGCAACCGAAAAACAUAUUCCAGGAGCUCUUGGGACGGCCUGUUCGUAGUCGCUCCCCAGUGUUACUUGGCAACCUUUUGGGCAAUUCUGAGGUCUCGGGUCCUCCCAGCUCUCUACAUGGCCUGCUGCACAAGGGUCCCUCACCACCGCUCUUCCCCCAGAGGUCACCCUCACCAGACUACUUCAACAGUCGCUUGCAACAUCCAGCAGGCUUUCCUGUUGGAGCUCAGCCCUUAAUGCCUGAACAAUAUGCUGACAUGCACAGGUCCAUCAGCCCUGCAGCUGCAGCCCAUCAUCAGAUGAGACCGCUCUCAAUGCCAGUGAAUCAUGCAGAUCUUGAAGCACUAGCAUUUCAGCAGGAUCUUGCGCUACAUGCCCAUCAUCAGUUCCCAUCCGGCUACAACAGGCUACCACAGGACAAAUCAUUUCAAAAUCGACCACAGCGUGUUAACCGCUCCCCUGGUCCAGGCUCCCAGCCUGCUGGAAGAAACUCACCAGGCAGUGCUGUCACCAGUAUGCUGUCUCCAUCGUUUACGCCCACAUCAGUGAUCCGCAAAAUGUAUGCAACAAAAGAGAAAAGCAAAGAUGAUCCAGCAAGUCGAUUAGAGACCAAAGAGGAGGCAGCAGUCCACUCUCAAGCUGAGAACCACCUUGAAGCAGUUGAAGGGAAUGGCGCCCAGUCUGGUGGUGUCAAGCACUUCUCUCAGACCUUGCCGGGCAAAGAUCAGGAGCGACUAAGGCCACUUUCUACCGGACAUCAUACGCCCACCACGGCACCGCCAGGACCACCCAUGACUUUCCCGCGUUCCAUCUACCCGGUACCGCUGCUAUCCCACGUGCCAAUGGUGCGCCCGCCUCCUCAGCUCCACCCCAGUGUGGUCCAACGAAUGCUGGCACAGGGAAUCCAACCCCAGCAGCUUGGCCCAGCACUGGUCCAAGCAGGUAUAUAUCCACCACAUGUUGACCUUGCGCAACUUCAAGGCUUGCCCCCCGCAAUACUGGGCCAAACCCUGUACCCUCUCAGUGCAACGGGGGGGCAUCCACCGCUUCUGCCUACCAGAGCAAACAAUCAGAUGCAGUUGGCAGUGAUGCAGCAGCAACUUCAGCAGCAGAGACAAAUGCAUCAGAGCAUCCCAGGUCCAUCAUCUCAGAGCCAAGGUCCCCAUCGAGCGAAUGGCCCCCAGCGACAUGCAAGUCCCCCUCCAGGCCUAGCCAAGUGGUUUGGAUCUGAUGUGCUGGAUCAGCAACUCCCUUCCAUGCCAGCCAAGGUUAUAAGCGUAGAUGAGUUGGAGUUCCGGCCUUAAGGAACUUUAAUGCUGUUGUGGACUGUGAAAUAUAUUUUCUCUUUCUCUCCCUGAUGGAUACAUUUAAAUGUGAACUUUAGUUUGAAGCCACAGCACACACCUGGGCAGUCAUUGCGACUCGAACAAUGAAGUCAAAGCUCUUACAGAAAAUGUAAGCCGGGCAAUGGAGAUGUUACUGCAGCUAUGCUUUUCUGUUUAUUUGUUUCAUCUUUUUUUUUUUUCUCCCUUCAUUUUAUUUUGUCCCUCUCGUUUUGUAUUGGACUAGUGGUAAAUUAGGGAGUAAGUUAUGUAUAUUCACUAUUUGUACAGAUGAUGGGAAGUUAACUUAGUCCCACUGUAUAUAGCAAUGGUUUCUUUUUCUAGGUAUAAGGGAGGUGAAACUAAAGUUUAAAUGCAUCACUAAGAGCUGGUAGCACUCCUUGUAGACUUUCGUUUUCCUCGUGAACCGCACUGAGAGCUAUUGCAAGCAAUGGAUGGGGAGGUUUGGUAUCUUCUCUUCCCUUGCUAGUGGCUCAGUUGGAUAGAUGUGACGAGCAGAAUCAUUUCAGGACUACUCCAAGGGACUGCUGGUUGUGCCUUCUGUGUACAUGGUUUUUCCCCCUUUUGUACUGUAUCCUCUCCCAUCCAAACUGCCACAAGAGGAGGCAGUCUCACAAUUUCUGGAGGUGUCUGGAUUCAGUUUUUUUUUUUUUUUUUUUUGUGCUCUUAAGUUAUAAAGCACAGAUAGAAUUAAUAAAAGUUGUGACAAACAGAA